AUGGCAGACCCACAAGAAGUAGGAAGACUAGCCACCUUAGCUAGGGCUCAGUUAAAUCAACAAAAUAUAGAUAACCCAGGUCGGGUACCAAAUCCAGAUGAAGAGGACCUAGGAGAUGAUGAUCUGUUAGGACCGGGAAAUCGUCGAUGUGCAAAAGAUAUAGUGGCAUCAGUUGACAGAAAUAAAAAGACAGACCCGGGAGCAUUUACCAUCCCGUGCACUAUUGGGUCCCUGGAUUUUACAAAAGCUCUAUGUGAUUUGGGAGCCAAUAUAAACCUGAUGCCACUUGUUGUGUUCAAGAAACAGGGUUUGGGGGAUCCUACUCCCACAAACAUGAGUCUAGUUAUGGAGGAUAGAUCUGUAAAGUGGACAAUUGGUGUUCUACAUGAUGUACUUGUAAAUUUGGCCGACUUUAUAUUCCCUGCUAACUUUUUGAUCCUUGAUUGCGAAGUAGACUUUGAAGUGCCCAUAAUUUUGGGCAGGCCAUUCUUAGCAACUAAGAGAGUAUUAGUUGACAUAGAGCUGAAUGAGCUAAAAUUUAGGCUUAACGGGAAAGAAGUAAGUUUUGAAGUGCAUCAAUCCAUGAGACAGAAAAAGGAGAUAAGUGUCUUCUCGAUUAUUGAUGUAUUCUAUGAAGAUGGGAGAGACACACCAGCAGAACUAGGGAUGAAGCACUUUCUUGAUCCACCAAAAGAAGUAAAGAGGUAG